AUGUCUUCAUCUAAACGACAGAAAAUUGCCUCUGAUUCAGGUAUAUAUCUCCAGUCAGACAAUGAAGAAUCCAGCUGCACAGAAGAAGGGGGGACGCGGUGUCUCAGACGUAAGCAACGCUGCAAAGCACCUUUUGCAAAAGCUAACAUCACCCAGCUUCCCAAUGAGCAAGCCAAAACCCCCAAUGCAUAUGACUACAUAUGUUUCCACCGCCCUCUUUUCGAUGUAGAUGGCGCAAACUGGCGUGCAUGGUCCGACGGCAAAGCAGAACGACUCGAAGAGGAAGACCUCUUUGACAAACUCUACAAGCCGGGUUUCGACGCCGAAACAGAAGCAGGCAUCUUUAAAGCGCCGCCAUCAGAACACAAGAACCAUAAAUGGGUCAUCAUGUGGGAUGCGUGGUUGAAGAAGGAUUUAUUGACUAGGAAGGCAAAGUAUUGUGAUGCAGAUGAGUUUGGCAUGAACAUGUAUAAUGACUGGAUGGGGUGGGGCAUGCAGGAAAUCGUUGAGAAUAUGAUGAUUGAGUUCGACAAAGGAUUUAGACAGAAGAGUGAGACAAGGCUCGAUGCAAUGUGGGCGGUUAUGAGUGCUAUGGGAUUGUGGCUGAACACUUCGGAUCACAUUACUGCACUUAUCUCAAACGAAGAUGGGGAAAGAACCUGCGAGCUCAUCGGCCUUGUAGGCUGCGCUCUCCUCACAGUCCUAAGCGCUAUUGACCGCGCGGGCGGGUUGAAGCCCAAUGCGAGGUUCCUCGACCUGCCUCUGGUUAUAGCUUACUAUCUUGAGGUUUCGCACGAUCUACCAGCCUAUGGCAUCGAAGGUGAAUGCGUAUCGUGGCGCAAAGAGGCUGUUGCGCUCUUCAAGAAAGGAGAGCUCGAUCCAAAUAAGGCGCUGUUUGGCACAGCAAAUCGACUGGAGCAACUUGAAAACGCGCCAAACUACGACAAGGGUAUUGAGGAGACUCUUGGGAAUAUUCCUGAAGACGAAAGCAAUGAGCAUGAAGCUCCGAGUGACAAGGAGGGCGAGACACCGCAUACGAAGAGGAAGAGAGAUGAGCCGUCUAAAGCUUCGGAGAAUGACCCGUGGCAAUGGAAUGCGAAGUUCGAAGCCUAUAAGCAGAGGCAAGGGUCCUCAUUAGGCGGGCAAAAGUACGACAUUACGAAGAUGAGCCGGGCUGAUAGAGCAGCGGCAGCGUAUAGCGGAAAGGAUCCUUUGGCGGAUAUCCCGCCCAAAGAUCUCAAGGAGAAUCUACUUGACUUUGAUUAA